AUUUUUAUUUGCACUUUGAACACGUCAUAUAGAUUUUACAAAGAUGUUAAGUCUUUUAUAAAUUGAAUAAUCAAAAUACAUAGUGUAAUACAUUAUUAUUUUAAGUAAUUUCGACAGAAAGGAUUGUGAAGACUUUGAAAUGAAAGUCAAAAGAAAGGCAGACGAGUGCAACAGAGGAACGGAGAAGAAUUCAAUGAAUUCAACCAUGGAUGGUGCAUUCUAUAGUCAGGAUAUUGACAAAUAUUUCUGGUAUGACACGUGCUACGAAUACAACAACACUAACCAAUGUACAACUCGCUACCUUGAUCUCAUUGUUCGCAAGACACUUUAUCUUGAUACCGACGACGGUGAACUUGACCUACAGGGACUUCCUUGGCAUCUUAUAGCUGCUGACCUGAAGAAUCACUUUAAUCUAGAAUUUACAGACGAGAGACUAAAGUUCGCUUGGAAGGGACCGGAAUGUGGAUUUGACGGGCAAAUUAUAACAAGCGGUGAGGAACGAAGAGGACUGAAUAUUACAUUUUUGUUUAUCAUUUUAAUGCUUACACGGAUGUUUUAAAUCGAAAUUUGUAAUAUAUUGUUACUAAAAACAAAAAUUAAGUACCAGGAUCUAAAGCUAAUGCAAAGUCAUGUUAAUUAAGAACAUUCGUUGUUUCCUAGCUUUACCCUUUCUUGAAAGAAUGUUGCCUGAGACAGAACAUUUCUUUUCGUAUGGUGUAUAUUCUUUAUAUUAUGGAUACGUGGCUAGGUCGAACGUAACUUUAUAAUUAUAGUCAAAUGAGUUGAGAUAUACUGUCACCUCUUGUAACCACCUAGAGCACAAAAUUGGCGCAAUUUCGUGACAUACGUUGCAUUUGUUACAAGCAUAACUUCAAAUAUUUAAGAGACCUCAAUUUGUAGUCAAAAUGUUACACAUGUUACACCUCAUUUCUUAAAUUCGGCAGAAAUACGUCUUCAGUAGUGUUAUGUAGAUGUUACAAGGAUGUUACAAGGAUGUUACAUGGAUGUUACUUAUGUUACAUGUGUCUAGGAAUUGGCGUCUUUUUGUAGUCUAAAUGUUACACAUGUUACACCUCAUUUCUUAAAUUUGGCCUAAAUACGUCUUAAGUAGUGUUGUAUAGAUGUAACAAUAAUGUUACAAGGAUGUUACAUGGAUGUUACUUAUGUUACGUGUGUCUGAGAAGAGGCCUCAAUUUGUAGUCAAAAUGUUAUGUAGAUGUUACAAGGAUGUUACAAGGAUGUUACAUGGAUGUUACUUAUGUUACAUGUGUCUAGGAAUUGGCGUCUUUUUGUAGUCUAAAUGUUACACAUGUUACACCUCAUUUCUUAAAUUUGGCCUAAAUACGUCUUAAGUAGUGUUGUAUAGAUGUAACAAUAAUGUUACAAGGAUGUUACAUGGAUGUUACUUAUGUUACGUGUGUCUGAGAAGAGGCCUCAAUUUGUAGUCAAAAUGUUACACAUGUUACACCUCAUUUCUUAAAUUCGGCCGAAAUACGUCUUCAGUAGUGUUAUAUAGAUGUAACAAGAAUGUUACAAGGCUGUUACAUGGAUGUUACGUAUGUUACGUAUGUCUGAGAAGUGGCGUCUUUUUGUAGGCAAAAUGUUACAAUGUUACACAUGUUACACCUCAUUUCUUAAAUUUGGCCGUAAAACGUCUUUAGUAGUGUUACAUAGAUGUAACAAGGAUGUUACAAGGCUGUUACAUGGAUGUUACUUAUGUUACGUUUUUCUGAAAAGAGGCGCCUUUUCGUAGUCGAAAUGUUACACAUGUUACACCUCAUUUCUUAAAUUUGGCCGAAAAACGUCUUUAGUAGUGUUAUAUAGAUGUAACAAGGAUGUUACAAGGCUGUUACAUGGAUGUUACUUAUGUUACGUGUGUCUGAGAAGAGGCGCCUUUUUGUAGUCAAAAUGUUACAAAUGUUACACCUCAUUUCUUAAA